GUCUAUGGGAAGAUGGAGGGACACUGGGUGUCCCCAGCAAGCCUCCUUGUGGAGAGCUGUGGUUUCUGUCAGGGCAUUGGAGAGGGAGCAGGCAGUACCCUGUGUAGUAACCACGCGCCAGGCAGAUGCUCUUCAGAGGAAUUACCUCUGAGAGCAAGAAGAGGGUGUUCCUGGGACCUUGGGACUGCUGUCAGUCUCCCUCAGAAACCAGUCCGCACUGUGCCUAUGGAGGCCCCCAGUGGCUGAGCUGUGGGCUCUGCUUCGCACUCCUGUGCACAGGGCUGACGGUGCGGGUCCUGAUGGGAGGGGUGGAGGGAAUGCAAACACGGAGGGAUCUGUGACCACACGUGCCUGGGGCUCUCCAUGGCAGUUGAGGAGCUGCGUGAGUGAGACAGACUGCUGAGGAGGACUUGCUGAUGGCCACCAACUCAUCUGCCGAGAGGGGUCCCACAGAGGCUGCAGCUGAGGUCUGGGUGUGUGCAAUUCUCAGCUGGGCUUUGCCCUACCCAGGUUGACGACUGAAGAAUCACAGAGUGUGGAAAAGAACACAAGGAGAAAUUGGUGAGAACAUCUGCCUAGCAUCUCCAAGUCCUGUGGAGGGAGCCAGCAGUGCUGGUCCAAAGAGGACCCAGAGAGUGAACUCAGAGUGACCACAUCUGAUAGAAGAGGGGAAGAUGUAGUUUCUGAGUCCAGUCCAGUGUUUGUGUCUCUCACAUUGUCAACAAAAGAAAGGCUCCAGCUGUCCCCACAGACAUAUGGAUAUUCCAGGAGCCACGUAAAGAUGGAGAAAUGGAGGCACAGAGAAAUUAAGUGACUUGGCCACAGUCACAAGCUGGGGAGGACCAGGGAAAGCCUAGAGAGAGCUGGCUCUGGGCCUGCAUCCUGCCCACGGAGUCACCCUGCCUCCGUCCUCAGGAGAGAAGGCUUCCUACAAGAUGGACGUGGACUCUGAGGAGAAGCGCCAUCGCACACGGUCCAAAGGGGUUCGAGUUCCUGUGGAGCCAGCCAUACAAGAGCUGUUCAGCUGUCCCACUCCAGGCUGCGACGGCAGUGGUCACGUCAGUGGCAAAUAUGCACGACACAGAAGUGUAUAUGGUUGUCCCUUGGCUAAAAAAAGAAAAACGCAAGAUAAACAGCCCCAAGAACCUGCUCCCAAGCGAAAACCAUUUGCAGUAAAAGCAGAUAGUUCCUCAGUAGACGAAUGUUAUGAGAGUGAUGGUACUGAAGACAUGGAUGAUAAGGAGGAAGAUGAUGAUGAGGAGUUCUCUGAAGACAAUGAUGAGCAAGGGGAUGAUGACGACGAAGAUGAGGUGGAUCGGGAAGACGAGGAGGAGAUCGAGGAGGAAGAUGAUGAAGAAGAUGAUGAUGAUGAAGAUGGUGACGAUGUAGAAGAGGAAGAAGAGGAUGAUGAUGAAGAGGAGGAAGAAGAGGAAGAGGAAGAAGAAAAUGAAGACCAUCAAAUGAGUUGUACUCGAAUAAUGCAGGACACAGACAAGGAUGAUAACAACAAUGAUGAGUAUGAUAACUAUGAUGAACUGGUAGCUAAGUCGCUAUUAAAUCUUGGCAAAAUUGCUGAGGAUGCAGCAUACCGAGCCAGGACUGAAUCAGAGAUGAACAGCAAUACCUCCAAUAGUCUGGAGGACGAUAGUGACAAAAACGAAAACCUCGGUCGGAAAAGCGAACUGAGUCUAGACUUAGACAGUGAUGUUGUUAGAGAAACAGUGGACUCCCUUAAGCUGUUAGCACAAGGACAUGGUGUUGUGCUAUCAGAGAAUAUCAGUGACAGAAGUUAUGCUGAGGGGAUGUCACAGCAGGACAGUAGAAAUAUGAACUAUGUCAUGCUAGGGAAGCCCAUGAACAAUGGACUCAUGGAGAAGAUGGUGGAGGAGAGUGAUGAGGAAGUGUGUCUAAGUAGUCUAGAGUGCCUGAGGAACCAGUGCUUUGACCUGGCCAGGAAACUCAGCGAGACCAACCCACAGGACAGGAGUCAGCCACCCAACAUGAGUGUGCGCCAACAUGUCCGGCAAGAGGACGACUUCCCUGGGAGGACGCCAGACAGGAGCUACUCGGAUAUGAUGAACCUUAUGCGGCUGGAGGAGCAGCUCAGUCCCAGGUCUAGAACGUUCUCCAGCUGUGCCAAGGAGGAUGGGUGUCAUGAGAGGGAUGAUGACACCACCUCAGUGAACUCAGACAGGUCUGAGGAAGUGUUUGACAUGACCAAGGGCAACCUGACUCUGCUAGAGAAAGCCAUUGCCUUGGAGACAGAGAGAGCCAAGGCCAUGCGGGAGAAGAUGGCCAUGGAUGCUGGGAGAAGGGAUAACCUGAGAUCCUAUGAGGACCAGUCUCCAAGACAGCUGGCUGGGGAAGACAGAAAAUCCAAAUCCAGUGACAGCCAUGUCAAAAAGCCAUACUAUGGUAAAGAUCCCUCAAGAACAGAAAAGAGAGAGAGCAAGUGUCCAACCCCCGGGUGUGAUGGAACCGGCCACGUAACUGGGCUUUACCCGCAUCACCGCAGUCUGUCUGGAUGCCCGCACAAAGAUAGGGUCCCUCCAGAAAUUCUUGCCAUGCAUGAAAAUGUUCUCAAGUGUCCCACUCCAGGCUGCACAGGGCGAGGGCAUGUGAAUAGCAACAGGAACUCGCACAGAAGCCUCUCUGGAUGCCCCAUUGCUGCUGCAGAAAAACUGGCAAAGGCCCAAGAGAAACACCAGAGCUGUGAUGUGUCCAAAUCCAACCAGGCCUCAGACCGAGUCCUCAGGCCAAUGUGCUUUGUCAAACAGCUUGAGAUUCCUCAGUAUGGCUACAGAAACAAUGUUCCCACAACCACACCACGCUCCAACCUGGCCAAGGAGCUUGAGAAAUACUCCAAGACUUCGUUUGAGUACAACAGUUACGACAACCAUACUUAUGGCAAAAGAGCCAUAGCUCCCAAGGUGCAAACCAGGGACAUAUCCCCCAAAGGAUAUGACGAUGCCAAGCGGUACUGCAAGAAUGCCAGCCCCAGCAGCAGCACCACCAGCAGCUAUGCACCUAGCAGCAGCAGCAACCUCAGCUGUGGUGGUGGCAGCAGCGCCAGUAGCACGUGUAGCAAGAGCAGCUUUGACUACACACAUGACAUGGAGGCCGCACACAUGGCAGCCACAGCCAUUCUCAACCUGUCCACACGUUGUCGUGAAAUGCCACAGAACCUGUCCACCAAGCCACAGGACCUGUGUACUGCCCGGAACCCAGACAUGGAGGUGGAUGAGAAUGGCACCCUGGACCUGAGCAUGAACAAGCAGAGGCCUCGAGACAGCUGCUGCCCAGUCCUGACACCCCUGGAACCCAUGUCUCCGCAGCAGCAGGCCGUGAUGAGCAGCCGAUGCUUCCAGCUGAGCGAGGGGGAUUGCUGGGACUUGCCUGUAGACUACACCAAAAUGAAGCCUCGGAGGGUAGAUGAGGAUGAGCCCAAAGAGAUUACCCCAGAAGACUUGGACCCAUUCCAGGAGGCUCUGGAAGAAAGACGGUAUCCAGGGGAGGUGACCAUCCCAAGCCCCAAACCCAAGUACCCUCAGUGCAAGGAAAGCAAAAAGGACUUAAUAACUCUGUCUGGCUGCCCCCUGGCGGACAAAAGCAUUCGAAGUAUGCUGGCCACCAGUUCCCAAGAGCUCAAGCUCCCUGUCCAGGGCCCUAGUGCCAUAGACCACCUGCUCAUGUUCAGUGACUUCCUGAACUAGCCCUCCUGUCGCACACAGGACUCUUGCCUUGCCGUUGACGUCCUGAACUAGCCUUCCUGCCAAUUGCAGGACUCUUGCCUUGCCGUUGUCUUCACAAACUGUGAGCAGCUCGAGGGCUUCCUCUUGCCUUACGGUCUAGCAGCAUUUAAAUCAGUGCCUGAUGGACAAAUAGCUUUAGCAGCUCAAAGCAACACCCUUAGGAGCAACAAUCCAGCACACUUUGCUCAGGCGUCUUUUUGCUAUGGCUUCAACCCACAUUUCCCUCAUGAUCAAAAUGUAACCAACUGCACUUGGAUCUUGGCCAGCACAUCAGGAUGGGGCAGCAUUCCUUUGAAUCUCUUGAUGAGGAAUUCUUUGCAAAAGCCUGGUAUAUCUCCAGUUGCAGCAGGCCACCUGUAAACAAGAAACUAGUUUUUGUGUGACUUGUACAUUGCUUCUGACUGCUUACUGUUUUUGAGACCUGGGACCAGAACAUUUUUCUGAUGGAGUAGUUCACAUUGUCUUACAUCUUUUAGUGUUGGGCUUAAUGUUUUCAGACAUCUAAUAUUUCAGGCAGACCUGCUGUUUCUCCAAGCCACAGUUCUCCUUGUCUCAUUUCAUCUUGAGAGAUGGCUGGUCUUCUCGUCAGCAUCCUCAGAGGAAGUUGUUGCCCUCACAUCCUCCAGACAGCAUAGUCUUGGCCAGUGCCCUCCUCUUUUGCUUCCUGCCAGAAGGUUGUACCAUCCAGAAAACAGACAGUUUGCCUGGUUUGGGCUCAUCUAAGUUAUACACAUUUUCUGUUUGUCUUUGCAAAUAAGUCUUUUUUUUUUUUUGCUUGACCCCUGCUGGGAAACCUUUGCUUAAUUCCUGCUGGGAAAUCUAAACUUGACUAAUUUCCUAAAAUGAUCUGUUUCUGUUAAUGGGACUUCAAAACUAAAGAUUUGGUGACUUCUUUAAAGAGAGUAAAACUUAAACAGCCACUUUUUAACUUGACAAUAUGUUCUCUACACACAAAAUAAAUAAAUGAAUAAAUAAAUACACCAUCAUGAUAUGAUAGCCUUUUCUCUUAGCUUUUUCACUGAUGGCUCUCAGACCAUCAUUUCCUUGUAGAAAUCAGGAAGGUUUGCUGUGUACUUUCCCAAACAGAGCAGCACAAACCAUCCUUGAGAGAUACCGCAGCUUAGAACAAUUCAUGAUGUGCCCAUUGCAGUUGUAUUGACUCUGUGGUCAGUUGUACAGUCGCAGCUCACCUGGAUAAGAAACUGAGUCAAGUUCCAGGUUAUUCUUCAUACAACACCCUCUACUACCAAUAACUAUGUUAGGAAGUGGGUCCCAAUGACCUCAGCUACCAAAUGAGAUGUCUUAGAAAUUUUCUUCUUUUCACUUACAGCACUGAAUUUUUAUAGGUGAGCAUUAUAAGAAGGUUCUUAGCCAUGGACAAAAUGAAAGUUGCUGAAUGACACACUGACUGAAAACUCUCAGACUGUAUAGGUAGCACUCUGCUCAGUCAUCUAGAACAGCCCCUGUGGGAUAGUUUUAAGAAGAAAUCAAUCAUUUGUGCCUAAUUAUGUGCAAUAUGUAAGCUAAAUAUGCAUUAAAAUGUUCAUGAAUCUUACCAGCACUGUGGAGUGGCUCCUGGGCCCCUGGUGUGUGUUUUGCACAUCACGUGUCCUGGGGGGAGGGAGACCUGAGGGCCAGAGGACGGAGCACCGUUCAUCCAAGUACAUCCCUGCCCACCCUUGGUAUGAGACUGAGGCCACAAGAGGCAAAGGACGGAGUGAGGAGAAGUAAGGGGACCUUUGAGGAGGAGCUGUGAAUGUGAAAUCUAGUUCUAAAGGACAUUUGUCCUCUUCAAAUGUCAUUGUCUAAAACUCUCCAAAGGCAGCUACAGCCAUGGCGGCCUCUUUGAAGAGUCAGCCUCCUGACCGAGCAAGGUACCUUUCCUAUUAAGAGUCAUGUUCAGUGGCAGACACUAGCAAAUGCCAGCCUGUGUUGGGUCUCAGCCAUCUCAGUAACUAAUCUAAGCCAAGAAAACCAGCUUCAGACAGGAGUUAUGAGCCUUACAGUGGCCCCAGCUGAACAGGCGUCCGCUUACACUUCAGCCAGAUCCUUCUGUCUUUUUAGAUGUAUCAUUAGCUUAGGGAAACUGCAAUGCUGCUUUGAAGAUAUUUGCUGGGAAAACAACUUUGAACUGAGGUUAGUCUUGGCUUGUGUUAUUUGACUGGGGAUUCAUCAUUAUGGAGAUGGGGCAGGUAGGUCCCACUUCUUAUUGAAUUUGCUGUCCAUGCUUACAGAUUUUAAUCUCUAUAAGCAUCAGCCCUGGGUUCUUGGGAUUUACAGGACCUACAGGAAUCUUGGCCAAAUGCAACCCUUAAAACUUGCAUUUGUUUUAAAAUAACCUAUAAUUCAAAGAAUUAAUUAAAUAAAACUGAGCCAAAAUAUUAAAGCUCACUAUUAUUUUUGAGCGUUUUUGGUUUCCAUGUAUGGCUGUAAGCCCUGGGCAGGGGCAGGAGACUGUUCAUGUGGUCUAUUCAUGUAUCUCUUGCCCAGCGCACACUGUGUAAGGGAAUGGGAAACUCUCCAUUUUUAGACCUCCAGGACAUCAUCUUCAUUUGUAGAGUGGUCUGUGUACAAUAGUAAAUAUCCAGAACUUUCAGAAUUAUACCUGCCCUCCCUAUGUGUCUGCUAUUAACAGACAAACAUGUUUUCUUAGCAGAAAGGUAUGUCGACCUCUGUUUAAAGUAAGCCUCUUUUAUGACCAAAAGUUGUUGUGAGAUCUGGUCUCCACUGAAGGGAAUGAUAGAGGAAAGUAUUUAUAUAUCCUGUCCUGUCCUGUUAGGAAAAUUGAUUUGUUCAGCAGCUGACUUGGCCCUGGGUACCUAGGACACCUCUUGAGAGGACCGUGUCUCUUAUGUAGAAUACAGUUGUCCUUCUGCUGAUCACUCAGGACACAAUCUGUUGGGACUUGGGCCCGACUGGCCCUGAGAAUUAGCUACUGCUCCUAUUCUCUGUCCCUAAGUUUCAGGACAAGCUCUAUCUUGUCACAGUGAAACAUGUCCUGCUUGUCAGGAUCUUGACAGUUGAUAGUGUUUCUUCAGUUUGUCACCUUUGUGAGAAAAGGCUGUAAGCAUGCUCCAGUCCAUUGUACAACUCUAGAAACUCAGGCUAGGGUAAGCAGGCCAUUUUGGUCAAGGGUCACAGAAGAUAAGGGGAACAAACAAAACUUGAGCUGAGUGGAGUCUUCACAUGAACUGCCUUCUCAGAAUCCCUGUGUCUGGUGUGCUGGUUUUCCAUGAAGAUGAAGGGCAUAGACUUGGGGAGUAGCUCAGUCAACAAAGUGCUUGCUUUAAAGCACAAGGACAGGAGCUUAAUUUCUAGAGCCCAUUUAGUUGUUUGUUUGUUUGUUUGUUUGUUUGUCAGGUAUGAGUUUAGCAAGAUGGAAUGAGUAACUGAAAGCAUCCACCUUGAUCCCCAACACACACACACACCGAUACAAGUAAACAGUGAACAGAGAUCAAUGUUAUGGAAACUUCAGAGUUAUCCAGACCCAACUUCGCUUUGCUAUGUGUUUGUGCCUUACAACCUCCAAUGCAGAUUAUAACAACUUCAUAAAGUAAGCCAUCAGAUUCAAAUAAUAUAAGAACAGCAGGCAUUACGACCAAGAACUUCUCUGCUCAUGAACUACCUGCUACAACAUGAAAUUCAGACCAUAGACCCUUUAGCCUAGCAGUAGGUAAUCUCUUCUUGCCUCGGUUUAUUUAUAUAUAUCUGUAGAUUGGACUAGCACUGGCCUAGCUCAGAUGGUAUUUAGUGGAUGCCAGUAUAGCUAACAGUGCCAAGGUCCAGUAAUCCCCGGGUCUUUAGAAAACAUCCACAAGAGAGGGAAAACAGUCAAGGGAGUUGAUGUUUCUGAAAUGACAAUAUUCCUAGGGAAGCGUAUGCAGCUGGCUAGAAAUUGCAGCAGAUAUGUCCAUGGUAAGGUAAUGAGGUAGACAUUGUCCUAGCACUCAAGAAGGACUAGUUUUCAGAGCUCCAAGUAGUAUCCUGGAACGGUAGAGACCAGAGACUGAACUAUAGCAGGAUGAUGGCAGAAGCUGUGUGCUAUGGUUCAAGUCUCCACAAGAGACCGCUGGCAGGAUGAUGGCUCAGGCUUGGGACAGCUGAAGAGUUUAGAUACAGGAGCUCCCCAGCUUCGAGUCUCCCCAGCCCAAGAAAAGAAAGGGAACAUGCACUGUAAAAAUAUCUCCUACCUUCCAGCACUCCUACUACUGCCUCCACAUGUCCAGAGCAUGUACGUAGCCAUCAUAAGUCAGAAUGUGGGCCAGUAUUGAAAUAAUGACUUCUCAUAGGAAACCAACAACAGCCAUCCUUGACAGGAAGGCAAUUUUCAAGCUAGGAUGGAAGUUGAGCUGUUCCUGUGCUCAUGGAAGAUGCCUUGGGACAUCUAGAGGGACAGCAGGGUUAUCCACACUGAGAAGGCCCCCCUUCAAACCCUAGUCUCCAUCUUGCACUUAAAGUGAAAACCUUAAAUUUUCACUAGUAUCUCAUCAUCCUUUUAAAUUUUUUUAUUUUUUAUAUGUACAGAUGUUUCUCAUCUGUUUUGUUCGUGAACCAUUUGUGUACUUGGUGCCAGAGAAGUCCAGAUGAGGGGAUCAGAUCCCCUGGAACUAGAGUUAUAAUAGACCACCAUGAGCAACGAUGUGGGUGCUGGGAGUUGAACCUGGGUCCAAGGAAGAGCAUCCAGUUCUCUUAAUUGCAGAGCCCUCAUUCUAGCUCCACCACCAUCUAUUAAAAACAAAAACAAAAAACAAAAAACAAAAAAAGAAAAGAAAAAAGAAAAAAAAUGAACACACACAGGAUCUCCCCAAGCCUUACACAUCUAUGAAAAAAAUCAAGCCAACAUUAAGCCAUUCCUGGCUUUCUCAGUGGGGACCUGUCUUCCCAGGCUGGCCAGGGAAUCACUUGAAAUAUCAGCAAGUUGAUGAAAGCGAGGCUGGCUUCAGCAGACACUGCAUCCUGCUGACCUUUAAUUGGCUACGUUUCCUGGAUACCCACUGUGAAUAUCUUUGCACUGCAGCAGUUCACCUGCUAAGCCUGGACUUAGAGAGGGAAGUGUUGAGUCUGUCCUCCACAGGCAAGAGAGCUUGUUCUCCAUCCUUCACUUGGCCCUUGUUAAGGUUUGUAAUGACAAACUUGGGAGAGUACCUUAAAUUAUGAGUGAGACCUUGAGGCACACUUCACUCCUCGUGCAGAAAUUAGAAAGUGUUUAAUUCAGAUAUCAAAAACUAUGGAAUGAUAUUACAAUGAUAAUUCGUUGAUUUCAAACUAAGAAAAAAGUGGCAUUAGUUAUUUCUUAUUUGAAAAGGGUAUUGGAAUUAUAUAGUUUAUUUGAUGCGUAUUAGCCAUAUGGCAAUAUCCUAUCCCUUUUAAUUUUAUGUAUUUUAGAAGUAUUUCACUUAUAUUUGGAUUUUUAUCGUUAUAAGUACAUACUAUAGAUUUAUACACACACAUACAAUGUACACACACAUACACACACUUUGUGAUUAUUGGGCUAGGCAUUUUCCUUUUGUGACACAUAGGUAUCUGAAUGUUCUUCAUAAUUUAUUGCUUGUUAGAUCUAGCCCUUUCUACUUUCUAGGAGUGAGCCUAUUUUUAUCUCAUCCAUGGCUCCUCUGGGGUAAUUCUGAAAAGCAAAAGCCUUUAGAUUUCCAGGGACUUUGGAUCUAUACCAGAUGCCAGCCCAUGCAGAGUGAGGACAGAAAGCCUAGUCAGUUGUAGGCAUUUAGUUAGGCUGGACUUUAAUUGUAAAUCUGGGGGUUUUAUCAUGUAAAAACUUCACUAAUUUAUAGUUAUCCAGAGUAAAAUGAACAAAAUUAGAAAUGAAGUAGAUGUUCGCUUUGGGAAAUUAUUGACAGGCUUGUUGGAGAAUAUUUUUUUCCUGACGUAUUCAGGAGAGGCCAUGGUUCUCUUCGGUUUUUCUGAAUUGGAAAUUUUUGACAGACAGGACAGAGACUGCUCGCAGGCAUGAGAGGAUGGGGAAGCAAGGACUCCUGGCUUUGACUUGUGUGCAUGUCUGAUAUGGUAACCACUUACUCUUCCCAUGGCCUGUGCUCUCCCAGGAUGACAGUCUGAGGAUACUUACAUAGCACGGGUUCCCGUCCUUUGCCACAUUUUUGCAGAUCUUUCUUCUAACUACUGGAUUUCAUCUGAUUCCUUCUCAAAUUACCCGAGUCCCUUGAGUUCAUAAAUUGUUUUUUAUUUAUAGUUGAUAUGUGUAAACAUCCUGUUUCCUAUAAAAAGAAACGAUGAGCAUCCUGAUCUUACAAGGUGAUUUGAUAUGAUAGUCCUACCUGUUUGUUUGUUUGCUUGUUUGUUUGUGAAGGAAAAUUCAGUGCAAAUACCUUCUGAUAAGGUGGAUUUACAAUUUGAUAGAACUUUCUGGAAUGACAGACGGUUCAUUGUACACUGUCCCACACAGUAGACACAAGCCACUUAAAUUAGGCUACUGUGCCUGAAGACAGAGUUCUUAGUUAAUUUUUGGAGGAUUUCACUGUUUGUAGAGUGCUUCCUAGCAUAUAUGAAGGCGUGGGUUCAUUCCUCGGUGCUGCAUACAUAAAGGAUAGUGCUAAGCCAUGUUUGUAAUCCCAGCACUCGGCAGGUAAAAGCAAAAGGCUCAGGAGCUCUUGGUCACCAGUAACGACAUAGCACAAAUCUGUUAAUGUAAAUACCCACCUAGAUCAAGUGGGAGUCACGCCCCACUGCCUCUGUUACCUUGUCCUUAGUCAUUUUACAUUUUGGUCACAAUGUAGGAGCAUUUUAUUUCUGCAGCUGACUAACUUAUUCAUUGUUUGCCAUCUUGGUCCUCGAUGUCUUUGUUACACUAACUAGUGAAUGGCAAACAGAGUAAGGGUUGUUUGUUUGUUUUGUUUUUGUUUUUCGAGACAGGGUUCCUCUGUGUAGCCCUGGCUGUCCUGGAACUCACUUUGUAGGCCAGGAUAGCCUUGAACUCAGAAAUCCACCUGGCUCUGCCUCCCGAGUGCUGGAAUUAAAGGUGUGUACCACCACCGCCCAGCAAGGGUUGUUUUUUUGUUUUGUUUUGUUUUGUUUUUAUGUUGUUCCAGGCAGAUUGGAACCGAGUAUGACAUGCGUUUCAUAGUAUUACUUUUCUCAGGGGAUUCCUUGUAUGCUACAUAGAAAAAUAACUGGAAACAUCACUGCUUAGGACCUAUAAGAGAGUAAUUCAUAACUCAGCGUGAAGCUCGGUUCUUUUACUUUUGGUUUUGAUAUCCAACUUUAUUGUGUUGAUACAGGUACCAAAUUCUUACCCAAGCUAAGAAGUUGUAGGAAGAAGGUUCAGGCACCCUUCUAGUAAGAAAAUGUAAUUAGUACAUGUGUUGAUGAAUGGUUAGGCUUUGCUAGAAGCUAGUCUUCCACUCAGAUCUUGAAUAUCUCCUUUGGAGCUUGCUUCGGCUAGUAAUGUCUUCCUGUAGAAACAGCUCUGCAUGAAAAGGGCAGUGAUGCCCAUGGCAUUUCUCAUUUCUGUUUGUUAUACUUAUAGAUUUUAGAAUACAAAUAUGCAUAUUUAAUCUAGCUUUCUAUUUUUUUAUUUUAUUUGUGUGUGUGUGUGUGUGUGUGUGUGUGUGUGUGUGUGUGUGUGUGUGUGUGUGUGUAGGGAAAUAUGAAGAGAUCAGAAGAAAUAGUCAGUUCUCUCCUACCAUGAGUUCCAGGGAUCAAUCAGCAAGCACAUCAUAGUCACUGAAGUAAAUCUUCAGAUCUAAAUUAACUCUCAGUAUCAUAGCCAGCAAGGAGCCUGUGUGGAAGUUUAGUUAGGCAUGUUCAUAUGGGCAUCCCAACCCACCCUAACCCCAGCACCGUUACAGCAUCAAUGGCUCCUUCUCAUUUCAUCUGCAGCCAUCCUUCAUGUUGUCCUACUGUGGUCAAGUAUGGGUGAUGCUUUACUCUUCACUUGAUUAGAAUUAAAAAAUACACAAAGUAUAUGUGAAAGACUAUGGGGACUUUUGAAGUUAGACUAAAUGCAUUUUGCAUUAUGGUAUGGCCAUGAGUCUAUAGGGACUAGGGAGUGGAAGGUGGUGAUUUGAAUGAGAAUGGUCACCAUAGCCUCAUAUAUUUAAACACAUGGUCCCCAGUUGUAGAACUAUUUGGGAAGGAUUGGGAGGUGUGGUCUUGUUGGAGGAGGCAUAUUGCUGAGGGCAGGCUUUGAGGUUUCAAAGGCCUAUGCCAUAUACAAUCCCCCCUCCCUCUCCCUCUCUCCCUCUCCCUCUCCUUCUCCCCUUCUCCCUCUCCCUCUCCUUCUCCCCUUCCCCUUCUCCCCCUCCCCCUCCCCUCCCCCUCCCCCUCCCCCUCUCCCUCUCCCUUUUGCUUGAGAAUCAAGAUGUAAACUCUAAGCUACUGCUCUAGUACAACACCUUCCUGCUUGCUCCCAUGCUUCCCAACAUGGUGGCCAUGGACUCUAGCCCUCAGAACCAUAAACCCCAAAUUAAACACUUUCUUUUAUAAGUUGCAUUGGUCAUGUUGUUUGGCCACAACAAUUGAAAAUUAGUUAAAACAAUGUAUAAAACUACUAAAUACUGACAUAUGUGAGAGAGAAAAAUGCACUGUUCACUAAGCAAGGAAGUUUUAAAUGAAGCUUGAAUAUAAAACUAAUACAAAUUAAAAAUGAUAAAGCAAGAAAAGGAAAAUAUUCAUAAUCAAAUGUUGAUAUUUUGAUUAGUUACAGUCUUGCAGUGUGCUUUUCUACUUAAUAGAGAUUCCAGUCUCUUCCCUUUGUGGUUAUAUAAGGUAGGACCACAUAACCAAAGCUUUCAUUCUAAGAAGGCAGUGUGAGGAACAGAAACACUGAUGCCUAGUGUUGCUUUUGCAGGUGUCACUGGUGAGGGCUCCUGCCUCAUCUGCAUGGCUGAUACAUGAUGCUCCUCUCUGUGGCUGAGACUUUUGUGGGUAGAUCCUGACCACGAGUAUGCUAUAGGGUGUGACAUAAUGUCCUAGUUAGCUUUCCCUAUGCUGUACUAAAACUGACCAACAGCACCUUGGGGACAACAUGGUUUGUUUUAGCUUACAGAUUAUGAUCGGUCUUUGAGGGAAGCAAGGUGCUCAAGCAGGAUCCCUGAGGCAGGAACUGAAUCAGAGGACACAGAAAUAUUCAUUACUAGCUUGCUUUUCCUUGGCUUUCUCAGCUACCGUGUUUUAUACAGCCCAGUUUUAUACAGCCCAGGCCUCCCUGCCCAGAGAUGGUAGUUAUCAAGAAAAUGAUCCCACCAACAUGCCCACUGGUCAGUAUGAUGGAAGCAAGUUGAGAUUCUCUCUUCUCAGGUGUCUAGGUUUGAGUCAGGUUGACAAACUCUAUGACUAGUACUACAGGUAGUCAUUUAUUUCAUAGAUGCACUGGUGUUUUCAUCUGGGCUGUAGAAAUGGCAGCAGAAGUCUGACUUGUCUCUUGGGAUUCAUGAGUCGUACCUGUUUUUAAGAGACUUCCUGUCAUAGUACAUAAUCCAAGUCCCUCCCUCUCUGGUUUCAGACAUCUGGGAGACCACAGGUGGACUCAGCCUUCAUACUUAGAGCAUACCAACAAAGCCAGUGCAGAGAGUUAGGAGAAAGUCCUAGAACAUAACAGCAGUUGGAUCCACUAAAAGAUUGUCAGUCUUUUUAGGAAAGCUUUCAGGGAAAAGGUCCCAUUGCCUGAUGUGGCUUUCUAUAUUCCUCUUGUGGUGGGAAAGCAAAGGAUCUUCAUGGACAUAGGAAGUAGGCAGUGGAAUAGGGGGACAGCCAAUGGGAGCAAAUGUGCCCUGGGAACAAGGGCCCAGGAGACAAGUGGUAUUGAUGAAGCACCAGCUUAUGUGGGUCAAUCUGAGUUCCAAAAACCAAAAUUGGACCUUUGACUCUUAUUUGUUUGUUUGUUUGUUUGUUUAUUUAUUUUAAAUUGGACCUUUGGCUCUUAUUUAUUUGUUUGUUUGUUUGUUUGUGUUUGUUUGUUUAUUAUAUGUAAGUACACUGUAGCUGUCUUCAGACAGCACCAGAAGAGGGCAUCAGAUCUCAUUAUGGGUGGUUGUGAGCCACCAUGUGGUUGCUGGGAUUUGAACUUCGCUCUUCAGAAGAGCAGUCGGGUGCUCUUACCCACUGAGCCAUCUCACCAGCCCUGACCUUUGACUCUCUUAAGAGUCAAAAACUACAAGAGACUACCAAUCUUGGGGAGACAGAACAAGAAUGCGGCAGUAUUCUCAGUCUGCCCUGUGAUUCUCUCUCAGACUAACAUUUUACCAUCAAAACCAUAGGGUAGAGGGAGUGAAAAGGAACGUCUUUGUGGAGGUUGGCUCGUGGAAUAACAGAUCAAACCCUGGCAAUCUGAGCUUUUGUUGUGACUAAUGCCCACCUAGAGUUAAAUCUCUUAUUGCCAGAUGCAUGUGGGGUAUAGGAACGAGGGAAAGUCAAGGUGAUGCCCCCAUACAGAAGGGCAGGUGCAUAUUUUCAGAUUAUUUUACCUGUAGGUAUGAAGGAUAGUAAGGAACUCCCAGUACCCAUUAGUUCUUCAAUUAACCAUUUAAAUUGUAUGCAACCCUGAGAAAUGGUAUGAUAUAUUUUGCACCCUUGCCAUGCAGUCAUAUAUCCUUGAAAUGGUUUUACAGCUUUCUCUUGAUAGUAAUCUAACCCUUCAACAAGAGCACAACGGAUUGAUUUCUACUGUCAGCUGCCUCUCUCAUCACCUUGUACUCAUUCUCCUGAGAGUUCUGGCUUCUUCCAGGAGACAGCAUUUGCCCUCUUGCUCUGUAGACAUCUGCAGCCCAUGACACAUACUGGGAAGUAGGGUCUGUACAUGUGGUCAUCUUUCCCCUAUGUUCAACCUAUCAUUAGAAGUCCAAGGACUAAUAAGUUAAUGAGCCAAAUGAAACUAUUCUCAUUGUAGAACUCAAUUUUUGAGUCUCCAGAUAAUUUUGAAGAACUGUUGAGAACAAUAAUGGAUGGGUCAGUCUCUGGGAUUGUAGCUAUUUCUAAAUGAUAAAACUUAGAAAUAUUAUGAAGGAGGUUCACCAAGAUUCCGUUGCCUGGGUGGAAAUGGACCCAAAAUCAUGGGCAUCACAAUGGCAUUACCUUCUGGGACAAAGAAUAGAGCAAUGGCCAUGAUGGCAAUCAAGUGGAACCCAGAUACAGUGUAACAAGGAGAUGACAAAAGGGUAGCACACAGAAAAUAAUGUUGCAUCAUAUUCUGCUGCCAUAUAACAUCUCAGCCCUGAACUAGGACCAGCAGCUGCAGAGUAAAGAAUGGAGGAUACACAGACAUUCUCGACUCUUAGACCAAACACUGGAAUGGAAGCUAUGUCCUUGUCCAUCAAGAAAACCUACUUGCCCUUCAACGUUGUGCCCAGGCCUUCACGUAUAGUAUAUAUGCAAACAAGGUAGCCAGUGUCACCUGAAAUCGACAGAGUGAUAUCUCUAUCAAAAUGAAAUCAGUCUCUAAAAUGUGAAGAAGCAGUGCAGCAUGACUCAUCCUCCUGUGUGAGUAGCUGACCUGAACGGCUCUGCAGAGCAGGAAGCCAAGACUUCCUAGAGUCAUCCACCGGGACCUUUUUGCAGUGAAAUUCAUUCAUGUGUGCUCAUCAAGUCUUAAGAGCUGGGUUAUUUGUGGGGAGCCGUAUAAUGAAAUUCCAAGUAUUUUGGACGUUCCCUCUACCUUGGGGUGAGUUGAAUAUCCUCUUGCCUUUGCCCUCUGUCCUCCCUCCACAUCCUGCAUCUUGGUUGAGAGUCCCUGAGUGUUUGCUUAUCUUCCUACAGGAUUAUCCAAUAGAUCCCUGCAUCCUACCAUCAUUUGCAUGAUAUUUCCUAGGUUGAAAAUGGCUGGCAGGUCAGAGAUUUUCUGCUUAAAACACAUCAGACCAAAUAGCUUUGGGUGUAUACUACAUCCCAGAGCCUGUCACCCAACACUGAAAAAUAUUAUCUGUUGGGUGUCUGGCUCUGUUGCUUAUUUUAGAUUAAACACACAUUAUUUUUAGUUUAGGUUCACAUGUGUGAGCCAAUGUCUCUGAUAACUCAGUAGAAUAUAGGACUCCUGACUUGAGGACUUGAGCCUGCUGCCCAGUGCUCUGCACCCAGAACCCGCACAGAGUGGACACAUAACGAUAACGGACACAGAGUGGAACUUAGUGGAUGGUCAGAUUGCCACUUCUAAUUGAUUUAUGUACUCUGGCCUUCCUCAAGGGAAUUCUUUUCACAAAUGAUGAUGCCUUGUUCACAGCUGAGUUGUGGUUCUGUCGAAUCUCACUGCCAGGAUGACGCCACUGUGGCUGAUUCCUGUCUUUGGGUGGCCUUGGGGGACUGUGCCAUCUCCCUAGGGAAUGUCUCUUUUUCUUCCUUCUAUUCAUUACUAGAGCUGUUGCCACAGAAACAGCUGCAGUGCCACAUGGGCAUUAAAGAGAGUAGCUGCUGAGACUGAGUAGAGAAAGUUUCUACUACUGUUUUUUUCCCUCUGAGUAUUUCCUUUAAAAUUUUAGUCCAGAUAUUUAAAUUGCUUUAUUAAGAUUUACUCGAAGGCCUAGAGGUAUAUCUGAAUAUGUGUGAUGUGAAAGAAAUUGCACAUUUACACACACACACAGCAUCUGUGUGACUUAAGUUGCUCAGCUGAAGGCCACAGUGGGACAGUAAGCAGAUCCAAGGUUGGCACAGACCAAAAUGCAGACUCCCGAGGUCAGACCUUGGCUUGGCCAUCACAGCCCUGAAGCCCUUGAGCUUCCCACUUUCUCCUUUCCAUCUGCAAAGUGAUAGCGGUGCUGGCCGACGCAGUGCUGGCCGACUGCACUACAUCAGAUGGGUCAUCUAAGAUCGUCAUAAGGAUCAACCCCGUGAUGUCUGCACAGUGCUUGGACGCCAUCUGAUGCCCACAGAACUGUGCACAUUAGCUCACUGAGUUCUGGCUGCCACACGGGGAGGCCAGAACCAGCUCAGAGUGACAGAGUAACAGGUUGGAAAAGCCCUGAGACCAUUUGGAGGGAGAAGACAGGUGGUAUCAGGGGAAAAUGGUAAUUAGUACACCAAGAUGAUUAACAAACUGAAUUUUAACCCAUCUUCAACAAGGAUUGAAAUAAAACUUUCUACAUUUGAAACUUCAACAACCAAGAUCAAAAUAUUUCAAAGAUAAAAGAAUUCCAUUUCCUAAUAUGUCUUUUUCUCACUCUUGUCUAAUAUGGUACAAUUUUAAAACUCUUAUAUCAGACUUGCAAAUCAGGUUUAAAAUCAUCAAAUAAAAAUGCCCAUCAGCUCGUCAAAUUCACUGCAGAUGAAAUCCUCAUUUGCCACCACCCCACCCCAGAUUCAGAAACGUUUCCCAACUGGCAUAUUUUGAUCAUCUUUAGUCUCUGUCAUAUCUUUCUUUCUCUGUCUACUUUGAACUCUAGCUUCAUUUCUCUUCCUUUUUUGGAUAGAGAACAUAAUAGAAACUGAGGCACUUUUUGCUCCCCUGUGGAUCAGAUCCCCUUCUCUCAGCGUUAGCAUCGUUGUGAAACUCUGUCUUUGGCUUCCACCUUCCUUACCUUAUUCGAAACCAUUCUGGCCUGGCUUCAGGAUUACUCUAUUAGAUAACAGAUUAACUUCUCAGCCUGCCUUUGGCACUUUCCAGAGCCUGAACUAUUACCACCUUGGUUGGUUGUCAAUAAUGCACAGCACAGGAUAUCCUCAUACGAAGCCCACUUUCAUUCUUCCUGUGGGUCUCAGCUGUACUGUCACUUCAGUGUCUGGGACUCUCAUAUAUCAGUCUCAGACCCAGAGCGCUCAGGGGAAGAUAGCUUGGGCAUCUUGCUUGCUAUUCUUUUUAUAAAGUAUUCCUUACCACUUCAUCUAUACACCUAGCUGAGCCAGUAGGUACUUCCAUGUCUGCUUUGCACUGAGCCUGAUGAGGGCAGGUGACUGAGAAAACGGCCUUCUAGGCAUUAUAGCCCAGCAGCUCAGCUGUCCCAGACACUCAUCAUUUUAUAAUAAAGAACAAGGGACCCAGAGAUCCUGAACUCAGACUCAGUGCUCCCUGGCUACAUGGGCCUUGGCAAGUUAAUGAAGCUUUCUGGAUUUCAGUUUUCUUAUCUAGAAAAAUCAGUAAUAAGAUCUGCCCCCAGUUUCACAAGGCUCUUGUAGGGCCAAACAGAUAGACAUGUGACCGUUCCUCUGCAGAGGCUGGAGAUUGUAGCAGCAGCAGCAAAGGGAGCCAUGGCCUGAGAGCUACAGACAACUCAGUCCAGCCAGUCUAGAGUAACUCUACUGGUGGCCAGUCCAGAACCUGCUCUGUGGCUCCAAGUCCUUCUAACACCUUAAGGGUCAUUUUGGUACUCGGGAUGUUGUCUGAGCAAAAUGAAAGUUUUCGUUUGAACAUUUAAAUUAUCUGGUUCUUUCUCUCUCUUCCUCCACUGCCUCUUUCUUCAUAAAUCUUAAACAGGUUUAUUUAUUUUUGUUUGAGGCAAUGUUUUCCUGUAUAUCCUUGACUGUCCUGAAACUCGUUCUAUAUACCAGGCUGGCCUUGAACUCAUAGAGAUCCACCUGCCUCUGCCUCUGAGUACUAGGAUUAAAUAUCUGUGUCAUUGCUCAGCUCAGCUGGUUUUCUAUUUGUAAAAUUCAUGGCCUUUCUUAGAGCUUUGUUAUAUACAUGAGAAAUGUGUUAACACAGUGAAGAAACAAGAAAAGCUAUUGCUUUUCGGUAGGUAGACAAAUUCCUGGCUCCAGGUGGCUCUUGUGGGUCUGUCAGGUGUCCAGCUCCUCUUCCAUGGAUACCUGGUAACACAGUUGGUUUUAAGUUUGUCCCUUUUGGCAUCCUAUGGCCUGUGGCAGAGUGGGUAAGGCAGGAAAGCUGGUGAAAGAAGUAGAAAGGGAGUGGAUGCUUCCACACUAGGCACACUGUUUCACAAGCAUCAAACUGUCACAGAAAGGUGACUUCUUGGAGGUCAUAACUUUCCAAGGCAAACAUUGCACUCGAAUAAAUUUGCUAACAUUGCCUUCCACAAAGAUGUGAUGUUCAUUCAGUCUUUCCUAUCCAGAGGAAAAAGUAUUGCUGGACUCCUUUUCUGUCUCCAAUAGGCAAUGCUGAUCUGUAUGAACACAUAGGUCCCCCUAGAGCAAAACAGUUUAGAUUCUAUAAUGGGUCUGGCCGGUAUGGUCUUACCCCCAGGAGAGGCAUCAUGGUCUCCAACCCAGAUCUUAUUUCCUCCCUGAUGGACAAGAGACAGAGGACAGGCUGGCUGAAUAGGAACUUCGUAUCUGUAUCCCCUCCAUCUCCAGAGUGCAGUACUCCCUUUACAGUCAACUUGUAGAUCAGGAAAGACAUACUAUAUCUCUGUGGUCAAAGCCACACAUACUUACCCAUGCACACUUGCCCUCAUGAUGCAUACACCAAUUUGCACAUAUGAACACACAUGCAUGCACAUGUCACAUGUACAUGUUUAAUUGUGUAUAUAUGUAGUGUCAUGCACACACUACAUACAUAUACAUACUAUAUCAUAUAUGAUAUAUACGCAUGCCACAAAUAUAAACACAACGUGAAUAUAUGACUCA